UGCCGGCGGCUGAUAUUCGCGAAUGUAGUUGUCAAAAGUUUUUAGACAUGGCGCAGCACGUGCACGAUUCCCUUAUAUACGAUCGUCGAUUGCGGCCAAUUUAUGAAUUGCUGGAGCUGGGCAACAAUAAAAAAGCUCUGCAGGAAGCAGAGAAACUGUUGAAGAAAAUGCCGGUCCUGCCUUGCGGGCGUGCAUUGAAGGCUCUAGCGCUACUGCGUCUGGGUCGUGAGGAGGAGAGCAACACCCUGCUUAAAGCGCUGGCCGAGGAGAAACCGUCCGAUGAGGCUACCCUUCAGGUUCUCUCAUUUUGCUACAAAGAAACGGAGCAGCUUGAGAAAAUCUGCGAGUUGUACAAGGAAGCUCUGAAGAAGUCGCCGGGCAACGAUGAGUUGCUCGCUCACUUGUUCAUGUCGUACGUGCGCUUGGACGACUUCAAAUCACAGCAAACUGUGGCCCUUCAGCUGUACAGACAGGUCCGGGGCAACCCCUACUACUUCUGGGCAGUGAAUAGUGUUGUGUUGCAGGGAUUGCGCGGCCCAGAGAGCUCGGUUCCGGCGAAAAGAAGUUUGUUCUUGGCGUUGGCUCAGCGAAUGGUGGAAGAGUUUAUUUCCCAAGAAAAAAUAAAGGACGAGCAAGAGGUGCAGCUCUACCUAAGCAUACUGAUGGAGCAAGGGAAAUUCAAGGAGGCGCUGGACUUCUUGGGCGGCACCCUGUGCCAAAAAGUGUAUCCAGGCGCGCAUAAGUCGCUAAAAAUAGAUCUUUUCAAGAAACUGAACAUGUGGAAUGAGCUCAACUCUUACUUGAAAAUGAAUUUAAGAAGCGAACGAGACCGCUGGGACUACUACAAGGACUAUCUGACCAGCUGCUUCGAAUUGGCCAAAUUGAAUGACACAACAGAAGAAAAUGAAAACAACAUUUUGGACAAUUGCCAUGAGUUUCUGUGCCAACUUAUCGAGGGCGGGAAACGCGUUCGCGGACCUUACCUGGCGAGGCUGGAAUUGCACAAGCGUAUGCGUGAGAACAACAUGAAUGCCAAGGAACUGCUCGGUGACUUUGCUGAUUUGAUCAUUGAAUACUUUAGAUUUUUCGGCGAUAAGCAGUGCUGCACUAAUGACAUUGCGUUGUUUCUGGAGUCGAUUAGCCGCGACGAGAGGAUCACUGUCGCGUCGAAGUUGGUGCGGGAUUCGGGAAUUAGCUCGACUACAUUACCUCAAAAUAAGGAACAAAUGCAAAAACACAUCUGCUCUCUGCAGUUAUCAAGGAUGUGCGGAUCGAAUAUUGGUUUGAGUCAAGAACAUCUGUUGGCUUUAUACACUGCAUUACGAUUACACUACGAACAUGGCCUGAGUGCCUUUGGUCAGAAUCUACUUUCCACUGACAUGGGACCGUCCGACCCAUACUCACUUCUAGCAACUCAUAUCAUGUAUGAUGUUGCCGCUGAAGAAGGCAAAUCAUACCAUUUAAUCGAGGCAAUUUGCCUCCUCUAUUACGUGUUACAAAAUAGCCCAAGCAACUUCCACGCCAAAUUGUUAUUGUUGAAAAUUUACCAUUUUCUGGGGUGUGGAGUUGGAGCCCAUCAGAUAUAUGAAUCCUUAGACAUUAAGCAUAUCCAGCUAGAAUCAAUGGGCUAUUUGCACUGUGCAUUGUUACCAGCUACGGGUCUAGUUUCAGUAGCUAAAUCGGUUUACGACGUUACUUUGAGUUUCUUUACAACAAGCUACAAGGAACGUUUAGAAUACAUCGCAAUGGCUUAUAAAUAUGGGUCAUUUUCAAAGAUCGAGGAAUUCAUGGAUUUCAGGGAUCGUUUGUCAAACAGCUUGCAUUAUGCAUCAACAUCUGCAGAACAGCUAUUACUGGAGCUGGUAUGUCUAUCUGGCGCACUAUGGCAGAAUCUUAACACAUACAAAAUGAUGAGCAUACAUCCUGCCGAAGAUCGCAUCAAAUGGAACGAAUUAGCAGAUAACCGAGACCUUUCUGUAGUCGUUCGAUGGGAUCCGAUUGAUUUGAUAGAUCACAAUGAAAAGCAAAACAGCUUUGAUCAAGACAUAGAAUGUUUGCAGAUCAGGUCGCAUUUACUCAGACUAGUUGCAUCUUUUAUCGACGCCUUAAACAGCCACGACAAAAUACAAGCGGAAAAUUCGAAUGAGGGAAAUCGUAACACAGAAGUCCUCGAAUCCCUGAAAACAAGCUGGAAUGAAAUUUUCAAGCGAAUACGGUCGAAAAAUUUCACGAAAUCAUCUAACAAAUUUCUAGUCAAUUUAUUACCUUCGCGUUUGCAUGCAAUGUUAGAUAUGCCGUAUGAAACCUUCUUUAGUGAUGUAGCUGAAUUUUUAAUUGAUCUGAGUAUUAAUUUCCAACUCACUGAUGACCGUGUUGCGCAAUUGAAUGGCAACGUGUCAAAAGUGCAGACAAUUCUAUGUGAUAGCGUUAGAGAAAACAACGAUCAAGAGGAUAAUAUCUGGAAUAGGCGGGAGAUACAGCAGAGAAUUGUUUCUGCUGUUGAGAUAUUAUCGCUGUAUGCAUUUGUCCUGUCCGUGUGUCACCAAAAGUAUGCGACAACUCCUGUACAGGCGAAAAAAAGCAAAAAGAAAGAAGGUGUUCAAAAGACUGCCAGCGAAAAUCUUUCUCAGCGUAUUAUAGGACUAAUGCGACACCUUAAACAGGAACUUCAAAUUUGUGAUAAUGAACUAGUACUAUGGAAACAGCCGAAAUUUCACACUAGUUUAGCAGAAUGUAUGUCAGGCAUGUCGCUUAAUCCGCAAGUCGAAUCAUCUGUGACGACCAAGGUCUCCGACAUAUUCAAAGAGAAUCACUUGCAGACGAUUAAAGACUUACGGAAUAUAAUAAAAGACAAAAUUCGAAUGGUGAACAAGUAAAUGUGCCCAGCAUUGGGAACGGAAGCUAUAUGCAGCUUGCCAGCAAAUCGUGUGGGGGGUUCAAUAGAAUAAGAAAGUAUUUCAAGCCGACACUAAACAUAUUCAACCAGGAAUCAUUGCAGCCUUUGUAUAUAGAGACAUUCACCUACUUGAAUACAUCUAAAAUAGAAACCAAUUAUUUUAUCUACACACUUACGAUAUCUUAUAUUUUAGAAUAAAAACACUCCAAAGAACCUUUUUUUAUGUUUUUACUAGCUUAUCUCAUUGUGUCCUUAUAUGUUUUCGUCUCAUUUGUACUCGCUUAAUAUAUUGUGGAAAUCAUUGCGUUACCGACAUAUUGCGUGUAUUAAUUCUUAAUUCUUCUUAAAUGGCAAAGUGAACAUCUGACUUUAGAAAUUUACAAUUGCAAUGGAAAUAGAACAUCGAAGGCAACACAGUAUUCGGAAGGCCGCCUAUUUAUAGAAACACUUUGGUUUGGAUUCACUUUAAUACUUUGAUUCUCAGUAAAUUGAUACGAAAUGAUAUUCACAAAAGAAAAUGUUUAUCCAGGAUUAUAAAUCUGUUAAUUUUGAACUAAUGUAUACAAUUGUAUUAUGUAAAUCGAAUAAAAUUCAGUCUACAAAACAAA